CCGUCUUACAAUUUCAAAAUUUUUUUUUGUUUUUAUAGGACAAUACUUAAAUUUGUGUCAAAAUCCGAUGGAAGGCAUAAUUUAUUAAAUCAUAUCAAUCAAGUAAUGGGAUAUCUAUGUUAAAAUAAUUUUUUAAAAUGGCUAAGCAUUUCUUAAAAAAAUUGUGUGUAACAUGAGAAAUAUGUAGUCUGCAAUGGAAUAAAGUAAUAAUAAGAAAAAAACAAACUAACAGUAUGAAGUCUAGUAAAGUAAAAAAUCCUUGUAAAAUCUGUUGCGAGACAGUGUCAAAGAAAAAUGGGCUCCAAUGUCAAGGUGCAUGUAGAAAAUGGGCACAUUACAAAUGCCUGAACUACUCUCCCGGUAAAGUUCAGGAUAUAAAGUUAGGCAUCAUAAAAAUCGCAUGUCCAUGCCCAGAUUGCAUUACACCACUUCCUAAAGAAUGUAUCCAGGUUCCACCAGAACCGUGUGAAAAAACACAAUGCCCCGUCAACAAAGUGCCACGUUGUAUUUCCGCUGAAUGUCCAAAGAAUGUUGAAAAGCCGAUUCCAUGUUAUCCUGAACCCGCAGCCAAAUGUAAUCCUUCGCCAUCGUUUGACCAUUGCAAACUUCCUCAGUGUCCACAACCAAAGCCAACUACCAAUAACAAUGUUACUUCUCCUAAUAGAGAUCCGUCCCCUCCACGACGCACUUCGCCUCCUAAAGAUAUAAUAAAAAAGAAAGUUUCUCCAUUAUGCCCCACAUCGCCCGAAGCGCUGAAAAAUCCAUGUCCGACAGUCUCUCCUACAAAGUGCCCUUCUAAACAAAAAUUAUGUAAACCAUGUCCUAUACGAUCAAUUUCAUGCUCUGAUAUGUCACAAGAAUCCAGUUUUGCAAAACCAUUUGAAAAAAUUAAAAGGAUUACAUCGGAUAUUCAAAUGUUGGGAAAUUUGGAACGGAGAUCGAUAUUUUCCUGUAUCGAAAAUCUAUGCAGCACAGUUGGACAGCUGUCUAACCAAGUCAAAGAACUCGUUUGCAAGAUGAAAGUAUCCAACUGACAUGAAUUAAAUAUAAUACAAGAUUAUUACAUU